AUGGGUCCUCGUCAACGAGCACAAGCCCGGAAGAAACACAAUGGGACACAGCAGAAUCACUCACAAUCGCCAUGGCGCCAGGGCCAGUCAAGUUCUUCCAGCAAAGGGCCUACUGCCUUCCACCGUGGUCUUGUUCAAGACUGGCAAGAUUUCUCAGACUCCAAUUCUCCUCAUCCUCUCAACAACGUGUUAAGCAUGGCUCAAACGGCCCGGAACACCGAGCGCCAUGCUAUGUCCUGGGCUUCUACACGCCUCAGGGAACAGAGAAUCACAUUCGUCAGUGCGGGAGAUCUGAAGCAAGAUGACCUAGCCACAGUCGCGAAAGACAAUGAACAAACCCCGAGGGAAACAACGGGAGCUGAAGAAAGCUCGGACAAGCAAGCACAAAAGAAGGAGACUGGACCAACUGCGUCGGGCAAUGAACAACCCGCUAAUCACAAGGAGACCACGGUUGAGUUGAGUGGACGUGAGCCCCGUACAAGGAAAGACUCGGUUUCGUCGCAGUCCUCCGAAGAGAUCAUUUUUGCCGGCCGACGCAAUCCUCCAGCAAAGACUGUUAAAAACGCGUCCCUCUCCAGCUCCAAGCCUACAGCUCCUCCUGAACCCAGGCCUGUUGACGCAAAGCCCCCAGCGCAAAGUUCUCCCGCACCAGUUGGUGUCGCCACCCGCGACUCCAGCUCAUCUGGUUUGGACAAGUUCAACAACAUUUUGCCCCCGCCUCAGGACAAAACCUUCGACCGACGUGGUCGCCUCCGAGGUCGACAAGAGAGCUCUCAGAAACGAGAAGAGGAAGAAGCCAUCAUCAAUGAUUACAUUGCAAACUUAGCGGUCGACGAUGACAGCGACGACGACGAACUCCCUGAAGGCAAGCACUCGGUCAAGACUGGAAGGAGAACUGAGCAUUUCCGGUUCUUCGAUGGCGCCGCUGAGCACAAGGUCCACCUGCGACCCCAAAAACCAAGUAAAGUUGCCAAAAGAUCUACCGGCGUUAAGGAAGCGAUCGAUUGGAACUCAAGUGAUCUGCAAGAUUUCGAUGAUUUCAGCACGACGGACGAGGAAAUCAUUGAGGUCAGCCAUGUUCUGCGACAUCGCACCCGUCCAAGCGGUCCACAGUAUCUCGUCAGCCCACUUGGCAAAGACUCCAGUGAUCCUCGCUGGGUUCCCCACGGAAAGUUGAACUCGGCCUCUGCUGUCGAGGAGAUUCGCAUCUUCGAGGAAAUUCGGGCGAUGAAAAUCCAAGAGCUCACAGAAGACUCGGGAGAUUCUGAGUCCUCGGACACUGACGAGCUGUUGGAUGAUCUCAAUGACGAUAUAGAAUCCGAGAAUGAGGAAAAUGAACGCAUACUCGAUCAUACCGCGCGGAUGACAGAUGAGCAGAUCGCUCGAGCGUUGGCGAAGCAGGAAGAGCUGGGUAUGGGUGGUGACGAGCUGCUCUUGUUCGAUGGGCAUUUUGAGGAAGAUGAUGACGAUGAUGAUGAUGACGACGACGACGACGACGACGGCGAUGACGACGGGUUCACCCCGUUUUCUUCGAAGAGGCAUAUUUCCAGCCGCGUCAAGUCGAAGAAAAAUAGACGCGGGCGUGAUACUUUCCCAUCUGCAGCAGCCUUCGCCGACGCUCUUGACCAGGACCCAUAUGGUGCGUUCGACAUCAUGGAUUUUGAUCGACCCAGUCUCCGACCUAAGAAGAAAGGACGCAAGUCGGACUUGCCUUUCGACCUCGGUGUCGAGGAUGAGGAACUUGCCGAGCGCCUGCGCAGUACCUGGAAUAAAGACCGAGAAAAGAAGGCUUCCCGCAAGCGCGAGAAACUACUGGAGCGUGAGGCCGCUCUCCUCGAGGCGUCCGAACGCAGUCACCCUGUCGCUAUCAAAGCAGAAAUUCGACAGUUUCUCAUUGAGGAAGUCACCACGUUGAAGUUGGCCCCGAUGGAUUCAGCAACUCGUGCUUCCGUCCAUCGGCUUGCUAAGUCGCUCAAACUACAGUCGAAGUCGGAGGGCAAGGAUGGUCAUGGCAUCGGGCGAUACCCUGUGUUGAGCAAGGGCCCGCACACUCCGAGAUACACGAUUGACACAGUCUGGGAGAUCGACGCCUUGAUGAGCCUGAGAAAGUUCUUCCCGAAGCAACGACUUAGUUCCUACAAGUCUCGCGCUACUCCCACAUCUGGCUCUGCGAGGACGAGAAGAGGCGGUGGCGGAGCAGCGUCUGGAGCUACGUACAUGAAUGGUGAUGUUGUCGGAGCUUCUGCCCCAGAGCUCGGUGCAGACAACAAAGGUCGGGCGAUGCUAGAGAAAAUGGGCUGGGUAGAAGGCGUCGGGCUAGGUGCUAUUGGAAACAAAGGCAGCCUGGAGGCUAUCAAGCACGUCGUCAAGACCACCAGGGCUGGAUUGGGUUAA